GGAGGAGAGUGCGAGUGCAACAGCAGACAGAGAGACUGCCAACUUGGUCUGUCUCUCACCUCCACCAGCAUCUGCUGAGCUAUGAGCAAGACCAGGGAUUUGCAGGGAGGAAAAGCUUUCGGACUGCUGAAGGCCCAGCAGGAAGAGAGACUGGAUGAGAUUAACAAGCAAUUCCUGGAUGAUCCCAAAUACAGCAGUGAUGAAGAUCUGCCCUCCAAACUGGAAGCCUUCAAGAAAAAAUACAUGGAGUUUGAUCUGAAUGGAAAUGGAGAUAUCGAUAUCAUGUCCCUGAAGCAAAUGCUGGAGAAACUCGGGGUUCCCAAGACUCACCUAGAGUUAAAAAAAUUAAUUGGAGAGGUGUCCAGUGUUUCGGGAGAUACAUUCAGCUACCCUGACUUUCUCAGGAUGAUGCUGGGCAAGAGAUCUGCCAUUCUAAAAAUGAUCCUGAUGUAUGAGGAGAAAGCGAGAGAACAGGAAAAGCCAACUGGUCCCCCAGCCAAGAAAGCUAUCUCUGAGUUGCCCUGAUCUGAGAAGAAAGGGGGUAGUAUUGAAGGGGCUUCUAAUGACUGGAACAUGGAAAAAAGAUAAGAUUGUGAGCCAGAGUCAGACUAAAUUAAAUAAAUUAUCCUUCCCCUCCAGAUCAAA